AUGAAAAUGGAAACUGAUUAUCGAUUUCGGUAUAACAAUGGUCCCUGAUACGAGCUGACCUUCGAUAGGUCUUCCAUAUACAGGGCGAUUUUACGCGACGAAAUAAGACGAAGAUAUAAAAUAACGUAAGAGUACGAAACUCUGUUUUGAAAAAAAAAAGAUUUCCUCUAAAUAUUAGUUGUGAAUUACACCUUAACAUAGUAACGCCAGAAAUUGAAUGUAUUUCUCCCUAAUUUUCUCUCUGUUACAGCGUGCCCCACGGAACCCCGUCUACCUGAAAUAUCUUCGUUAUUUGAAAUAAUUCCAUAUCAUGCGUUUCACUGAAUCCUUCAACUUUCGUUAAUGACAUUUUCACGCAUCGCUUGAAAUAACGAAAAUAUUCCGGGUGAACAGAGUUCGUGGGACAACGCUGUACUUAUCAAUAUCAAACUAAUAUUAACUUCGUACAUAUCAUGAAUAUUAAACGCGUCUUGAAACGCAAAUCGUCAGUCGUACGUAUAAAUCGGAAUAAAGCUGUUUCAUUCUAUGAGUAGCAUUUAUUUCGAAGAACGAGCGUGCGUUCGCGACUAUCCAGUCGAAAGAAUGCUGCUGCGAUUUACUGUGCACUUUUGUAUGGUUUCACGAGCACCCAUAUGCGCGUACAAAAAUAUGGAUGGUCGGAACAAUAGUCGCGGACGAUUAUGGGAAGAGUGACGGAUAUCGAGGAGAGAGUCGACGAGAGUGUACGAUGUGACAACGAGAGGAUCAGGGCCGAGAAUGAAGUACCUGUUUAAUAGACUUCUGUCAGAAAAUAUUUAGACAUUCGACCGUGUCAUCGAGAACUGACUGCAAAAAAUAAGCGUUUAAAGAUUAAAAUGAGUCGCUUUGUAAAUAUAGAGACAAGUUCUUCUUAACGUUUGUCACUUUUCAGUACGAAAAUAUUAUUAUUAAAUUUUCUGGAUAUGUUUCGCUCCGAUUUCCUGACACGUUUAACUCCGCGCAAAGUUUAAGGUUUCUAGCGUAGAAAUUUAAAUAACUCCAAUCGUAUGAUUACAUUUCGCUUUCUAUUCUUUCCGCUUGUCGGUCAAUUUAGCUUUCCGACGCGUCUAACUUCGCGUAAACCUUGUGCUUCGAAUCUUAAAAAUAGGUCGGAGAUUUACGUUGCCAUACUCGGUCGUAGGAAAAUAAUAACUAGCCCAAGCUGCUUAUGCGCUAUUCUCUUUUCUCUUUACUCUGGAAGAUCGUAUCUUUCGACAAUUCAAAAGUUUACUGUUUUAAUCAAUGUUUAGAGCUAAAGAGAGACCAAGUUUGUGCAUAUUGGGAACUAUUUUCUAACGACGAAAUUAGCCACAAAUACUAUGACUUUGGUCUUUCAAAUCGAAGAGAAAGUCUAGUUAUCUACAAUGGGAUACUCGUUUCUCAAGAAAAUAGUUGUUUCUUUGCGAAAUCGUUUGAAGAUUCGACGUGAACUUUGAUUAAAAGUCCAUCCUUCGACCUACUACCACAUUUGCAUGCUUCUUUUUAUACAAAAGUUUUUUCGCUUCUAGAUAUUACGGUUAAUUUGUCAUAAGCGUUAGGAUAGUAAUAUCGACUCAUUAUAAUAAUUUAUCACGAUAUCUUUAACUAUAAUUUUUAACUCGUACAUUAAAUUUACUCAGAUAUCUUUGUUCUUCGGUUCAGAGACAAGAAUUUGAAGUUUUAAAUCACUUACUAAUCGCUAUAUCUGAACUAAAUCACUAUAUAGAAUAGUCAAAUUCUUGAAAUAGAUAAGCGUGUUGUUAACGCAGUCCGUUGGACGGUGCCAAAGCCUGAAAAUUUAUCUCUACUACUUCCUUGUUUUUUUGUAUAAAUUGUCACGAAAAUUGUAACUUAUUUAUGUAAUUUCGAAUUUUAUCACACGAUCGAAAUUCAUUUAAUACGCAUACCGGUCAUUUAAUAUUCCCGACGAAAAUAUGUUGAACUUUCCAUUAACGCGAUCUGUUGAAUAUUUUUUUCAACGGAAAACGUCAGUCGGAUAAAUGGUAAUCUAUUUUAAGCAAACAGAGAAAUAAACACCCGACUUGCAUAACACGACAUUUUUCAAGCAUCUAAUAUCAGCAAAUAAAGUUAUUCGAGCAAGUAAUUCUUUAAUUAAUUGACCAAUCAACGUUCAUUAUGUUACGAUUGAUAACCUACGAUGUACGAAGUGCCAACAAGCAAAAACUGUUGAGAUAUCGUCGUACAAAUUGCUGUUACAAAAUCUAGCUCGGUACUAACUGCUACGUAUCAAAGAUGCUCGUUCGUUGCAAGGGUUCCAUUUAAAAUCCUGAACGUGCCAAAUAUUCGCUAAAACUAUACAUCUUCAAAUUCGAUUCCAUUCAACCUGAUCUUAACCUGUCGUCGAUUUUCAUCAAUUCCUCCUCGUUACGGUAGGAAAAAGCCGAUGAAAGGAAAAAUACAACGAACUACAAUAGUUGGGUCACGACUCGUUGACAGAGAUUUUACGCUCGAUAAUCGCGUUGUAAACAGUUCGCACGUGAGAGAUCUCGAGCGAGAUCAAACGCGCAUAGAUGUAAGUACUACAUACUCUUCUUAUUCCGAUCGACCUUGACGAUUUUACGUCAAUGUGGAUGAACGUCGGUGUCGUUAAAGCGCCUUUCCACGUGAUUCGUCGCUUGAUCCACCGCAGGUGCACUCUCUCUCUCUUUCUUCAUACACAUACAUACAUAUGUACGUACACACGCAUACGGAGCUUUGGUGAAUUAUAUAUAUAUAUAUAAUAUAUAAUCCAAUUAAAUGAUACGCCGCUUCAUAAAUGGUUCAUGAACGAUCGAUCGAAAAUAGAGUAGAUAGGAAGUUUUAGUUAGCAGGUAUACAAGGCGUCAUUGAGUCAGUGAAAGUAUCAAGCGUUUAGCUGGUACGCCAUACAUUGUAAUCGUAUUAUCGUAUUAUAAUAUACCGAUACGAAAUAUGAUUAUUUAUACGAGCUUGUAAGAUUUUAUCAAUAUUCUAUCGUGUUUCAAUAUUUGCCGAUUGUUCGGCAAUAAUUUAAUCAAAUAUUUAGAAAGAAAUACGUCUGUAAUUAUCGGAAUGUAUCGCUAGAGCUGACAUUCAAGUAUGAAAUUCAAUAUUUGCUGAAAUCAUUCUAGAACUGACGUUCCUAAUAAGUUUUCAGACGACGAUUUCUAUUCACGAUUAUUGCUUAUUCAUUUGAGAUCAUAGGAAUACAUUAGCGCGCGAUCGCGUCGAGUUCAAGUGCAAUGUAACAGUUCUUAGACCAGUGUGAAUUGCUAUCUUACGACAUGUUUUGCGAGGUAGUUAGCAGGAGUAAGAAAAAAUACUGAAACACACAGCGAUAUCGAUACGAGUGUAAGGAAAAUGAGUUUUAAAUAACUCGAACGAUGGCCACGUUAUCGUUAUGGAAAAUUUUAUGAUCGUGAAUUGUAGAAAAGGAAUAUUGAAUUUUAGCAUCAUCGAUGAAUGCGAAAUAUAAUAAGUGCUAUGUUGUUGCAAAUCAAUCAUAUAGAAUCAAAGAUAUGAUUGGAGCGAACAUCAUAUUACGUAGUUAAAUUCUGACGAUCUUAGUGAUAUUGGACGCUGUUACGUCACAUAACACUCGAGUACUCACUUUACGUAACAAGGAGGAACAUGUUACUUAUAAAUCGAAAAUCUACGGAAGAUUAAAAAAGAUGAAUAUCAACAUGAAUAUCAAGUAUCAACGAUCUGUACAUUAUGACGAGCAAUGAAAAUUUCUUAUGUUCGCCACGGCGCGAUAUAAUCGCGUAUACCUUUCAUCUAAUCACGCGAGCAAUGAUACAGUUCAAAUCAUUAAUUCGUGGGAGAUACGGCAUCACGAAAUUCCGCAUAUUUAUCGGAUACGAUUAGAAGAGCAAUAAAUCACCGGUUUAUCACAGCCCAUGUGCGUAUCUACUUGAUAAAUGUACUCGAAAAUUAAUAGUUCAACUCCAAAUCGUAUAUCAAGUAUGUAAAUAUCAAUUAGGCUAAGUUACGCAGAAAGCUGUCAAUCCUCGGUGAUAUGGAAUCGAGUAAAUCUAGUACGAAGAUUUCAAUAUUUUCAGAAAAGUAGCCUCCUUUCUAUCGACUAUAUUUUAUUUCUUUGUCGCUGUUUUGCAUUGUUUUUUAACGGUUUAUUCAAUAGUACGAUGACGCGUAAUUAACAUGUGAUUUGGAAGCUUUCUGUAAAAUAAUUAUAAACCUAAAAUGGAACUAUGACACGAUAGUUUUAAUAAGUCGUUUUAUGAAUUGGUAAUUUUUUCCAAAAUGAAGAUCUCGAAAUUAUGGGAUCCGUACUGCGCGUGAUCGAUUCUUUGUCAUUUCGAGGAUUGGUAGGUUUCCGCACAACUUGGCCCAAUUGUGAUAUAAAUACAUAUAGUUCCUAUUUUGUCGCGCACCCGCACGUUCGAAAUUCCCGCCAAUUUCCUACGACGCGCCGUUUCCCUCUUCCUUUUUCCGCGUGUAUGGCAUUGAUCUGGCAGUGACGUCACUGACACACCCUCCUGCCAGCCAAUAAGACUGUUUAUGAAUGAAUGGUAUAGUACAUGUAAUAUGCACAGGCCACAUGCACGCUACAGGAAGAAUGUCCAAAGGCCAACGCACAGUGAUUCGUAUAAAUGCACGUGGUACAGCCAUACCGAGAUGUACCGAGCCAUAUACUCGUUACACAGCUAUGUUUACGCAAUACUUCCGUAUGCAAAUGCGUGGCGUAUCGAGACAUCGAAGCUGACUUCUUCGGAAAACACAGCACUAACAAUCUCGUUAUCGGAAUCUGAUCGAUUCUUCGUUUAUGCAUCCAUGCGGAUUAUCUUUUCCUCGCGCCUACAAAAAAUAAGAGGACGUCUCGAAAUUUGUCACGAAACUCGCGUGACGUAUAUACCAAAAACGGAUUUUACGUUUCAUCUCACGUUGCAGAUCGACUCGAUUCGUAUACCGGCUAUUUCUGUCGCGUAUCGUGCGUCGCAUAGCCGAAGUGUCAAGGUCGCCGUGCCGGACAAGAACAUCUAUCGAAAGCGCGACGACCUCUUUCGCGAGAACACGUUACACGCCUGUGUGUUACGCUUGGACAUGGCUCUCCGGAGGCGUCGUCUCUUACGAUUUGUUCUUCCGCGAAGACGGCGCUUGGUAACCGAACAAAACCGGAACCGUUACACGUGCAUCGAUGCAACACGUUGCACGGUCAAGAGUUUCGAUUAUCGAACAGUCUUUCACCUAAGAUGUCAAGUUCGUUGCAGUCGCUACUUCUCGGAAACUCUUUCCUACUUGUCGCUUAUUUGUCUAAACUUAGAUAUAUCCAUCGACUCUGAGUUUCAGCUCGAUUUACGAAACAACGUUAAAGGAUCAAGAUUUUAUUUCGUUGAAUGGCUGAUUGUCGUCGAAACCGACUUCGAAGAGCAAACGUUCUCUAAUGUCGAGCAUUUGAUAGUAUUCCUCGCAAGUGGACACUCGGACAUUGCGUUGAAAGCGACUAUCCGAGUUGGCUAUUACAUCAGAUAGUCGGAUAGUCACUCCCAAUGGAAUAUCCAAGUGUCCACUUGCGAGAAUAUUUCUCAUUAAGUGGAAACGAUAUAGCGCGAUCGCAAAUUGAAGCAUGAAGAAACGACACCCAUUGAGACAUAGUCGCACCAAUAUCGUACUUUGCUCAUUUUUUCUCUUGCAAUUGGUUAACGUCACGAACGUUAUUAUAGACGUCAGAUCUAACGCCCUAUUGAACCAAAUUUCACGCGUUAAUCUUCCUAUCGUAAACGAUGAAUUCGGGAUUUCCGAGCUCAAGGUCUUUCGAAGUUCAUGGUAUUGUAGGUCGUUGAAUUCGUCUUGACAGCGGCUACGAUACUACGAAAUCGAGAAAGCAUCGUGCCAUUCGAUAAAGUCAAGGUGACGUUAAUUUUUUACAGAAAGCAGUGCUCCUUGACGAUUUUGAAUAUUGCAAUUCAUAGCUGAAAUUUUCGAAACGAACUGUUCGAAAUAUUUUUUUGUUACGUUAUCGCAAGUGUUUCGAAAAUCGUGCACAUCGUUUCGCUGAACACAAUGUGUAAUAAUGUCAGUAGCUCGAUUCAGGAAGUGAUUUAGUAUAGCAACGGUGAGAUAACAUUUCACUAUUGUAUAUCUGUGUGCAUAUGUACGUAGAAUAAACAAAUGUGUCGAGUAUUUCACUGCCACUCGAUGGAAAGGAGAGAUGCUAAACAUCUCUUUAAAAUUACUUAAAAAUACUCAAAAAUUUUAAGAGAUACUGCCCCCCCCCCCCCCCCCCCUAGCGAUAAUUAUA